CUCCAGGCCUGUCAGGGCUGUUCUUUCCUUUUGUCUCGGCAGGAGAGAGGGAGCAAGGGAGCGAAACGGGGAGAGAGGGUCGCUGGCUCCUGAACAAACGUUAGACGUUGGACUAUAGAGGACGGCUUGGAAGGAGUCUCAAGGAGAUUUAUACAAUAACUGAAGGGCAACCUGUUAUUCUACAUCUGUCUUUCUAUUGUUGUUUUAAAAAUUAUUUUUCAAUUUUGGAGAGUUUGUUUUCUUUCCUAAGCCUAUGCACUCUUGUGGAGGCCGUAACUAGUGAUUAAAGGUUACUCUGUGAUUCUCUGGGUGCCUGGUCGUUCCUAACUCGGACCAUGCGUUCCCUUUGGCUGCUCCUGAUCCCAUGCCUGUCCCUGGCACCCCUCGUCCAGGCUGAGAAGGGCCUGGAGUUCCCUCGCUAUGACGGAAACGACAGGGUCAUCGACAUCAAUGACAAGAACUACAAGAAGGCCAUGAAGAAGUACACCAUUCUCUGUCUGCUGUACCACCAACCCAUCCCUGAUGGCAAGGAGCUGCAGAAACAACACCAGAUGACUGAGAUGGUGCUGGAGCUGGCUGCCCAGGUUAUGGAGGAAAAGGAGAUUGGAUUUGGAAUGGUCGACUCCCACAAAGACGCCAAGGUUGCCAAGAAGCUGGGCCUGGUGGAAGAGGGAAGUGUGUACAUGUUCAAGGGAGACCGUGUGAUUGAGUUUGAUGGCCUGCUCUCUGCUGACACCCUGGUGGAGUUCCUACUAGAACUGUUGGGGGAGCCCGUGGAGGUGAUAGGAAAUGCUCUGGAGCUGAGGGCCUUCGACAGGAUGGAGGAAGACAUCCGCCUUAUUGGAUACUUCAAGAACGAGGAAUCAGAACACUACCAUGCAUUCAAGGAGGCUGCAGAGCAGUUCCAACCCUACAUCAGAUUCUUCGCCACCUUUGAGAAAUCUGUGGCCAAGGAGCUGACCCUGAAGAUGAACGAGGUGGAUUUCUACGAGCCCUUCAUGGAGGAGCCUGUCACUGUCCCUGACAGGCCCAACUCUGAGGAGGAGAUCGUGGCCUUUGUCACUGAACACAGGAGACCAACACUGAGAAAACUGCGUGCUGAGGACAUGUUUGAGACCUGGGAGGACGAUGUGGAGGGGAUCCAUGUAGUGGCCUUUGCAGAGGAGGAGGACCCUGAUGGUUAUGAGUUCCUGGAGCUGCUGAAGGAGGUGGCCAGAGACAACACCCACCACCCUGGUCUCAGCAUCAUCUGGAUCGACCCUGAUGACUUCCCCCUGCUGAUCCCCUACUGGGAGAAGACCUUCCAGGUGGACCUGUUCAAGCCUCAGAUCGGAGUGGUCAAUGUUACUGAUGCUGACAGCAUCUGGCUGGAGAUGGACGAACAGGACCUGCCCACAGCCCAGGAGCUGGAGGAUUGGAUAGAGGACGUCCUGUCUGGCAAGGUCAACACCGAGGAUGACGAUGAUGAUGACAACGACGAUGAUAACGAUGAGGACGACGAAGAUGAUGACGAAGACGAAGACGAAGAUGAUGACGAAGAUGAUGACGAAGACGAUGACGAAGAUGACGACGAAGAUGAUGACGAAGAUGAUGACGAAGAUGAUGAUGAUGACGACGAAGAUGAUGAUGACGAAGAUGAAUAAAUCAAAAACUACAAAUGUGUAAUCUAAAAUUCAUAACAUUGUUGUAUAGUCUCUUUACUGUACUAUCAUCAAAGUGAACAAGUUCAGGGAGAGAGGAAUAGACCUGAACGCUUUUAGAAAAUAUUUUGUACAAUGUGUACAUACAUCACUGGCCAAACUCAACCUUUCUGCAUUAGAAGAAAACCCCAUCAACAGAUUUUGUUUUUCAAGAAUCUAAUAAAAAUACUGUAGAUAAAUGGAAAUCUAUUUGAAAGAGAGAAGUAACAAUGUGUUGACCAACAGAGAUACUUCAGAAAGCCCCAAACAGUACUUUCCAUCCUUCCCUUAAUGGCUGGCAACCACGACAAAUACAUCAAUCUAACUUUUGUUUGCUCAAUGAAGUGCUGCUGCACACUAUCCUAAAUAUCACUGAAGUCAAACAAAAGGUUGGUAUCUUUGUUUUUCUGUGCCCUUUAUUAUAUGCUCUGUGUGUAGAUAAUUGCGUUUUAGGUUCUACUUCCUGGAUUCAGUGCAAAUACACACCUGUCUCACCCUUCCCAAGGGGCUAUAUCUUUCUUAUUACUAUUGACACUUUCCAAUUUCCACAACACUAUCUCUCCUUUCAUCUCCUCCAUCUCCGUAUUCCUAUGUGUUGUGUUUGAGUAUGCAACAGCCGCAAAGUGAGAUAUCAGCAUUACACACCCAGAUGGGAGAGGAAAGCCUAUUUAAAUGCUAAUUCUUCAAGUCUCAAUUUCUCUCAUUUAUUCUCUCCCCAUGUUUCGUUCUCUCUUUAUCUUUGUCUCUUUCCCUCGACUCAUCCCUUGUUCUUGCUCUCCCUCAGUGGGCUAUUAGAAGAGAUGUGUAGUGGCAGGAGAGAGUUCAGUGUUCCGUAGGACACGGGCACAGUAGGGGGAAGGGGGCUUCAGAUAUUAACUCACCGUCUAUACGCAACCUUCAUAUUACAACCACUAACUCUCGAUCUCCUCACAUACUGUAUAGUACACAGACAAAUACACUGCACCACACACGCACUUGCGUUCCAAAAAUAAAGUCAUACAGUAUGAGAAUGUUGAAAAUGUUCAUACAAAUAUUUAUUUUACAAACGUGUAUCUUGAUACAGUUAUUGUAAUUCCAUAUCUGUGAUCUUAAAAAAAGCAAACAGUGAAAACUUAAGACUGAAUUUGUCAGUAUGAAAUUCAGGAUGGCUUGCACGCACGCACACACACUAUUGGACAAACAUACUUGCAUACAAUAACACAAACAAGUUGAGCAUACAUCAUGUGUGUUUCAAAACAUAGGCACCUUUGUAGUGAAGGAUACAUAACAGGAGACCAAGGCCCCAUUCCAAUACUUCCUUUCUCCCUUCCUUGAAGUAGUCACAUAUCUGAAUUGGUUGGAUUAGGGAAAGCAUUGGUUGGCAACCUGAUCUAUCCAAAACGUAUGACUUGAAGAAAACCAAGAAUAAAAGAUGAAUUCGAACAAGGCCAAAAUUCACAGCCAUGAUUUCAACACUACAAAAUCCUAAACAUUUUAAUUUUUAGUGACAACAAUGAUUGUACAAUUGCCUAUAAUUAUCAUAUAGUCUUGAAAAAUAUGCACAUGUAAUAGGGAAAAUUUGGAUACAAAAAUGCAAUAUUAAAACAAAUAAAUACUGUAUAUAAGAGUCCACAGAUUAGUAUAAAAAUCCCAUAGCAGUGGUAGUACUACUAGUUGUGGCUAGAUGGCACUACAGCUUCUGUUGUGAAUGUAGACAUCCCUCACUAUCAGGAGACUUGUCUGCACAUCAAUACUGAGGAAUAUACCAUAUCCAACAUCCAAACGUAAAAAAAAUACAUUAGAAAUGUAUCACUUGGGCCUAUUGGAAUCAGUUCCAGGAUAUUUAGAUAUGUGUAUGUGACCAAUAAAUUUUUUUGAUUUUGA